CAUUUACUAAUACUUGCCACAUUUUCCGCCAUCAAAGCAAAGUCAUAUCAUCGUCUUCAUCUGUUGAUUCAGCAUCAAGACCAUCUCCCAUACAAUAUUUCACACUUCUGCAGUUGUUGAUCAAUAGCCGUCAUCAUGGUUGCCGACGAUAAGCCAGCCUCUACUUUCAAGUACUCGGAGAAGCCUCUAUACACCACUUCCAAUGGAUGUCCCGUCGAAAACCCUGAGGCAUUCCAGAGAGUGGGAAGCAAUGGUCCUCUCUUGCUUCAGGAUUUCCACUUAAUUGACUUGCUUGCUCAUUUUGACCGCGAGCGUAUUCCGGAACGAGUUGUUCAUGCCAAAGGCGCUGGUGCUUACGGAGGUCAGUUCCACUAUUUCGUUGCCACUUGCUGUUUCUCACACACUGACUCAAAGUUACCUAGAAUUCGAGGUUACUCAUGAUAUCACCGACAUUUCAUCUGUCGACAUGCUCAGCAAGGUCGGCAAAAAGACUCCUUGCGUGGCUCGUUUCUCGACAGUCGGAGGCGAGAAGGGUUCCCCAGACACCGCCCGUGAUCCUCGAGGAUUUUCCAUCAAGUUUUAUACCGACGAGGGUAACUGGGAUUGGGUCUACAACAACACUCCAGUCUUCUUCCUCCGCGAUCCUACCAAGUUCCCUCUCUUCAUCCACACACAGAAGCGAAACCCACAAACAAACUUGAAGGAUGCUACCAUGUUCUGGGACUAUCUUUCUACACAUCACGAGGCUGUUCACCAGGUCAUGCAUCUUUUCAGUGAUCGUGGUACUCCAUACUCUUACAGACAUAUGAACGGUUACUCUGGCCACACACACAAGUUCACUAAGCCAGAUGGAACAUUCAACUAUAUUCAGAUUCACUUGAAGACUGACCAGGGAAGCAAGACCUUCACCAAUGAUGAGGCAGGAAAGAUGGCAUCUGAGAACCCUGACUGGAAUACUCAGGAUCUAUUCGAUUCCAUUCAAAAGGGUGACUACCCAAGCUGGUCCGUCUAUGUUCAAGUCCUUUCUCCAGAACAAGCCGAGAAGUUCCGCUGGAACAUUUUCGAUUUGACCAAGGUCUGGCCACAAAAGGAGGUUCCAUUGCGACCAUUCGGAAAGUUUACACUUAACAAGAACGUUGAGAACUACUUUGCUGAAAUUGAACAAGUGGCCUUCUCGCCAUCCCACUUGGUUCCAGGUGUCGAGCCAUCUGCUGACCCAGUUCUUCAAUCACGUCUCUUCUCAUACCCAGAUACCCACCGCCACAGACUCGGUGUCAACUACCAACAGAUUCCAGUUAACGCCCCAUUGAGAGCAUUUAACCCAUACCAACGUGAUGGUCUGAUGGCUGUCAACGGAAACUAUGGUGCUAACCCCAACUACCCAUCUUCAUACCGCAACAUGACAUACAAGCCCGUCAAGCCUACCAAUGAGCACGAGAAGUGGGCCGGCGCUGCUGUUUCAUUCUUGUCAGACGUCACUGAUGAGGAUUAUGUCCAAGCCAACGGUCUCUGGAAGGUUUUGGGUAGACAACCUGGUCAACAGGACAACUUUGUUGGCAACGUAUCCGGACAUCUGUGCGCUGCUAAGGAGGAUACCCGUAAGCGAACAUACGAGAUGUUCUCCAAGGUUGAUGCGGAUCUUGGCCGUCGUAUUGCUGAAGCUACUGAAAGGUUGGCACCAGCACCUACCAGCCAAGCUGCUGGUUCAGCUCAAUCCCGCCUUUAA